AUGCUUACUAUGUGCUAUGUUGCAUUGGGUGUGUGCAACCUCAUUGGGACUCCUCGGAAGGAUGACUGGUCUAUGAUAAUGGAAGUGGAGGUGGAGAAUCCGGAGGAGAAAGCAGCCCAAAAUAUGAAUAUCAAGACGUUCAAAUGUCUGUGCGCGAUUGGAUAUCAUGGCUUACUUUGCGCUGAAACCAACGAUGGAUACAAGUUUCCGAAAAUUGAAGAAGGCGGGUAUUUGCAGUUCGUAUUCCCCGGAUCUGGACGAAAGUCAGUGGUCGGCGAGCUAGAAGAUAAAUCCUCUUCUGGUGCAUCAGAAUCCUUUCUUGUGGGCUUCGAAAUGAAACCGCAAAACUUUGACGAUGGGCAACUGGUUGUUUAUCAUCAAUCGGAAGAAACGAACCUGCGCUUUCUUCUGACAUUAGAGGGAAAUACUUUGGUGUUCAGGUGA